GUUAAUUAUACAACAAACAAUGGAUUUUGUUGGAGAGCGAAAUUGAGCUGAGGUAGGCACGUGCUGUGGAACUCAUCCUUAUAUAUACAUAUGAUCUAGGAACACUUUCUACACAUCGGUGAAUAAACAAUAUGGAGAUGAUAGGGAAGCCCAUACAAUCUCAACCCAUUAUUUCUCGAGAUAUAAUUAAACCCGCAAAUCCAACCCCUUCUCAUCUCAACACUUAUAAUCUUUCUGAUAUCGAUGUAUCCGUCGAGAAAAUAUACUUACCAAUGCUUCUGUUAUACCCAAACAAUGACAGUUGCAGUUUAACUUCCCAAGAGAAAGCCACGGUGCUUAAGAACUCUUUGUCACAGAGCCUGACAAAAUACUAUCACUUUGCUGGCAGGUUACCCACACACACGACACCUUAUGUGGACUGUAACGAUGAGGGAGUCGUGUUUCUUGAAGCCCAAAACAAUAGCAAACUUGACGAUUUACAGCUUAGUAGCGCCCAAGAUGGAAAUAUCGACAAUCUAUUUCCGGAUGAUAUGGUGUGCUACAAGUCCCCUCGUAAUACAAAUCUUGUAGGGGUUCAACUCAAUCACUUCGCGUGUGGUGGAGUCGGGCUUGCAGUCUCUAUGUCACACCUCGUUGGUGACGGUUGCACUCUUGGUUCCUUCGUUAAUCAUUGGGCUUCCGUAGCAUGCUAUGGGUCGACUGACCAUAAAGAGGUACUGCCUCUGAACCCGCAUUUCAUUCAUGUCCCAAGAACCAACUCUCUUCUGUCAAAAGCUCCUGUUAUGAAUGCGGUAGGCAGUACUCGUGUCAUGAGAAAGUUCGUGUUUCCUAACUCAAAGUUAAGUGAUCUUAAGAAGGUUGUCGCCUCCUCUAUAAACGACAACCCUACUUGGGUUGAAGUACUAACUUCUCUACUUUACAAAACCGCACUAGCAGCGGCUACAACAAAUUCUGGUUGCUUUAUGUCAUCUUAUUUGUUUCUUCCGGUGAAUACACGUAGCAAAUUAGCUGAGAAGCUGCCCCAAACAACCGUGGGAAAUGUUGGGUCACUUAUUUUGGUACCAACUACACAAACAAGUGAAGCAUCGUUAAGUAAGUUGGUUGGUGAGAUAAAGAAACAGAAAUUGCAAUUUGAAGGAGUUCAAAGCGUGCAACAGGCAACUGAAAACUAUAAACUGGCACAGUCAAUACUGGGAAAUGAUCAAGAUUUAGAAACGUUGUCUAAGAGAUCAUAUGUAUGCAGCAGCUUAUGCGGGUACCCCUUUAACAAAGUCGAUUUCGGGUGGGGAAAGCCCAUGGCUACAGUAAUUGCAUUUAGAUCAUCAUAUACGAAUGCGUUUGUGCUUAUGGAUACUCCAAACGGUGAUGGCAUCCAAUCGCAUGUGAUUUUGGAAAACCAAGACAUGGAAAUAUUUCAAAAUGACAAAGAGUUGCUUUCAUUUUGCCAACUUAAUUAAUGGUUUACUGCAUGUAUUAUUUUGUUU